AUGGCAUCCCAGGCAUCCACCUCCCGCACGGCCGUCUGCCCCGUAGAGGCAGCCAACACCGCGAGCCUGGUGGCGGCUUGGGAGCUUCGGCGCGCCGCAUCGACCCUUCUCAACUUCCUAAUCUCCCAAACCGAAUCCGAAGGGGCAGUUUCUGAUGCACUCCGUAAGUAUCGGGAAGCUGAAGACGCCCGGGUGGCAGCCGAAGCAGCCAACACUACGCCGUUGUCCGAGGCCUCCGUGCGGCGGAUCGCUUUUACAAAGGCGAGCAAGGAGGACAUGAUUGCGGCUUCUUUUAAAUGCAUGAAUUUCGCUUCGAGUACCCGGAGUUUGAGUCUUAUCGGUGUUUUUGGUCCUGACGGCCUUGAGUAA